AUUAUUAUAACAUUAAUACACCUAGGCGACUGCCUACUAUCCACUAUAAUAUUACUAUACUACUGUGCCAUUAUAUUUAGGACGUCUUUCGACUUUAUUAUCAUUAUUAUUAUUAUUAUUAUGUUAUUUUCGCUACCUCGAUAGAAUUGAGCAACAGGUUGCUUAAUUUUUUUUUUUUUUUUGCAUUGCUUGCGUUAUCGUGUACCUACUACCAAGUAAAAAUAUUAUUUCUUGUUCUAAAUCGAUGCGAUGAUGGACGAAAACAAUAAUUAUUGUAAUUGAAAACGACACACGAAUUCACGAUGAGCUGCUCCAGUCGGAUAUUUCGUUCGCCGGAGUACACGAGCUUCAGGUGCAACGUGCCUCUUAAGCAAAUCAUACUGGACGAUACCGGCUUAAAUAAGGGAUGGAGAGUGUACGACACGGGUCCUCGUUCAGUAGAGACUCCAUUGGUGUUCUUGCAUGCAGUCAGCGGCCGAGCCGAAGUCUUUUUCAAACAGUUGCUAACGCUCAGUUCAAAAGGCUACCGAGUCAUAUCAGUUGAAAAUCCACCUUAUUGGAGUGUUACUGAAUGGUGUGAAGGAUUCAUGCAACUAUUGGAUCAUAUGGAUAUUAAACAAGUGCAUUUAUUUGGUGCUUCAUUAGGUGGAUUUUUGGCACAAAAGUUUGUGGAAUUUUCUACAAUUGUACAUCAACCUAGAGUUGUAUCACUAUUUUUAUGCAACUCUUUUACUGAUACAUCAAUAUUCAAGUAUAAAGAUGCUGCUGUUUUGUUCUGGAUUUUACCUGCAAUAGUACUUAGAAAAAUGGUGUUAUCUAAUUUUUCAUCAAGGGAAACAUAUUACGAUACACAAAUAAUGGAUUCAAUAGAUUUUAUGGUUGAACUGAUUGAAUCAUUAUCACAGGCUGAUCUUGCAUCUCGUUUGACCAUUAAUUGUUUGAAUAGCCGUGUCAAUACAUCAUUGAUGAGAGGCUUAAAAAGUGUCACUCUUAUGGAUGUAUUUGAUGAUUAUGCUUUAGGUUCACCCAUUAAGGAAAAAAUUUACCAGGAAUAUCCUGACGCUAAACUGGCUCAACUCAAGUCUGGCGGUAAUUUUCCAUAUCUAAGUCGCAGUGAUGAAGUAAACUUACACUUGCAGAUACAUUUGAGAAAGUUUGAUGGCACUCCUUUCAGUGCAAGUGAUAACGUUCCCAAUACAGAAUAAUUUGAAUAAUGCAUCACCAAAAACUGCUCUAUAAUUAAUUAUACGUUAUUACUGACCAACUUGCUAAAUAAAUGUGAGCUAUGAAAAAAUUUAGUUUUUUCAUAAAUACAUAAUAUAUAGUGACAGUAAAGUUUUGAGUUUUAUUUCUGUUAUA